UAGUCUCAACAAGAUGCCUGUUCGUGAAGUUCUUCUCGUAUUAGUCGCAAUCAUUACGACUCAGUUAUGUCUCGCUGCAGAGUAUGGCGUUAUCGUUGACGCUGGAAGUAGUGGAAGUCGGGCGAGAAUUUACACAUGACCAGAAAGAACCUCACUAAAUCAGAUUCUUCAACUGACGGAAGUUGCAAACAAGAAAAGUCGCCCAGGGCUGAGCGCGUAUGCCAGCGAUGCCACUGGUCUAAGAAACCACAUCGAUGAACUUAUGGACGCUUGUAAAGAAAAUGUUCCAUCCGAAAAACGAGCGAACACACCAUUUUAUAUAAUGGCAACGGCGGGCAUGAGAUUACUCCCGGGUGCAGACGCUUUCUCCGUUUACCAGCAGAUCGAUAACUUGCUUAUGAACAAAUCUUAUUGCCCAUUUGAUUAUAAAAGAGGGAACGCCAGAACUCUAUCUGGGGAAGAAGAGGGGGCCUUUACGUGGAUAUCUGCAAAUCAGUUGAACGGGCUAUUUGGACAGGACCGCACUACAAACGACACUGUUGGAAUAGUUGAGUUGGGCGGGGCCUCGAUGCAGAUUGCAUUCGUACCAGAACGUAAUAUUUUAGCAGAUAAAUUCCCGGUUUACGUUGCAGGGAGAUACUACCCUCUGUAUGUCCACAGUUAUCUAUAUUACGGUCAAGAUUUUGCAGUUAAGAAGAUAAUGGACAAUUUAUUUCGAAUCUAUGAUCGAUCAUCAGGCGCUACCAUUAACAACCCAUGUAUGCUGACCGGGGAUUCGUUAACGGAAACUAUGGAUGGCGUCAACGUCACUUUCAUCGGUACCGCAAACGCUGAUCAAUGCCUUGUGUUGAUACGUGAAGAAUUGAUAUAUAAAGUCCCAGAUUACCAAUGCUAUCCCAAGCCAUGCGCAAUUGGACAAAUAUAUCAACCAGAGAUCCCAAAAGACAUGGUCUUCCAUGCCGUUUCCGCGUUUAUCUAUACAAUUAACGAUAUUGGCGCUAGAAAUGCUAACGAUAUGACAACAGCCAGCGUUGUCGAGGCAAAAACCAGAGAUUUCUGCCAGCUCGGAUUGCAAGGAGCCAUUGAUAAAGCAGGCCAGUGGGGGAAAACCCGGUGUAUGGUCGGUCUGUAUAUAAGCAGCCUCCUAACCGAUGGGUUGGGAUUUGAACAAGAUGAAUCGAUCAAUGCUGAAGGGGAAAUCGACGACCAGGAGUUAACAUGGACGCCUGGUGCCAUGGUCUAUGAGAUAGAACGACGCGAUAGGGGACGCACAAUGGACGCCGAUGACAAACCCACAUCGAAAGCACCAUCAACUCAUUACUCAAUCAUUUUAAUAAGUUCGCUUCUCACCUUGACAACAGGACUCAUUAAUGAUAAUAUAUUUUGUGCGUAAAGAUUUCAAUAUCAUUAAUGACUCAAGAAACUAUAGAACUUAUGAUCUACCAAAUAAUUUACUGACAUGUCUUUUUUAAAAGGAAUCGUAUAUGAUUUUUGUCAACAUCUAGAACAGAACCGGUGUGAAAGGGUAGGAGGUCCUAUUAAUUUAUGGUCCAACGCUCCAUUGAUUUAUAUGGUGACCUCUUUUCCUUAUUAUAUUGUACACAAUCAGGGCCAGUAGGGGCCGUUAAGAAGAGGGACCAUGAUCCCUUGGGGACCAGAAUUUCUUUUACACCGGACACCUAUCAUCUCAAGACAAGAUGACAACAUAUUUCAUGGUAUUGUUUAAUCAUUAUAUUUCAGUGUAAACGUGUUAACAGAGUAACAGAAAAAAGAGAUACUG